GCAGUUGAGCGGCACACGCGAAAGUCUCCGGCGACACACGCAGACCGCUCUCUCACGUCUCAAUAGCCUCGCUCUGCUUUCAUCACAGCCAUCGUCAGAGCGUCGUCAGCCUUUUGCUCCAUCCAUGUAGCCGCCGUUCCUACAAACGCGUCUUACAGAGCCCGAUAGCAGCAACGUUUUAGUCCCGUUACUUUUUGUUGAAGUUGUUGUUGUUGUACGUUAUACACGAGUUCUAUACCGCUCGCUUGUACAGCCACCAAGGCGCGAACGUGGAGUCGCCACCGACUCCUCGUGCGCUCUAAAACUCUGCGUUACGCAAGCGAAGAGAACACUUGCACACUUUCUGACACAUCGGCAACGCAGCGAUACAACUCGCGGACACGCACAGACGCGCACAUCAAACCAAAAGGGAUCUCCAUACACGAAGACGCACGCAAAUACCAAGACGCACCGAGACACGCACGCGCACGUGCGUGCGCGCGCUGUAUCGAGUUGCUGUGCAUCGACCAACUCAGCUCAACUGUGUGAAGAAGAACCCGAGAGAGACAGAGAGAGAGAGACGAGCGAGGAGAACGAGAGAGGAGGAGGAGGCAGGGAGGAUAGAGGCAGUAGGAGGAGGUGAAUGAGGAAGGGGACCGGCGCUCUUCACGCAUGUGGACCCGCUUCCUCCAGGACAACAAACCGUGCGGCGGGGGUGGCGGCGCGGCUCACGCAGACCUCGGCGCUGCCAUGAGCUCGGACGUGCUCGACAUGAACACCUUCCUGUCGCCCGGCAUGCCCGUGUCCGCCGCCUCGCCCUGGAUCGACUUCGCGCACCCGAGCGCCUACAACCCGGCCGCGGGCCUUCACGGAGGGGCCCACGCGCCGGCGUUCAUCAAGCAGGAGCCGCCGGGGUGGCCUCCCUCGGCGGCGGCAGCGGCGGCGGCCGCGGCGGCCGCGGCGGCCGCUGCGUCUGCGCAGGAGCAACACGAGGACUGCUUCAGCGCCUUCACGGUGCACUUCACGGGGCAGCUCACGGGCACCAGCGCCUGCCGCUACGGGCAGUUCGGGAACGGAUCUUCGGGGCAGCUUCCUGCAUCGGUCGCGUCGCAAGUCCCCGCAGCAUCGCAAUCGGCACCGCCGGCACCGGCGCCUCCUCCUCCACCGCCACCACCGCCACCACCACCACAGCAGCAAUCCUGCAAUCAGCCGCAGCAUCCAGGCCCCAUGGUGGCAGCGGCUCAGUCGCUGUCCUCCAUGGCUAUGGCCCCGUCGAGUCAAGCCAGGGUGUAUCCGGGAGGUGGAUACCACCUCAACCCCUGCCUGGAGACGUCGAGCAGAUCCCAGGUGAACGCCGGCUACCCGGCGAUGAGCUACGAGAGCCCGAGCCAGUGCUACGGACCCAACCCAGGACAUCCACCGCCGCAGUUUCCGUCCCACUUCUUCAAGCACGAGGAGGCCAUCGGGCACCAGCCACAACCUUUCGCACCGGAGCAGCAGUUCUCCAUGGCGCCCAUGUACGCGUGCCACGGCUCCCCCGAGAUGAGCUGCGCCUCCAGCCAGGCCAUGCGUCUCAAGAACUCCUCCGCCUCCUACAACGGCCACCACGCCUCUGGGUACAGCACGGACGCCACGAGCAGCCAGUUCCUCUACAGCACCCAGUACCGCGUGUGGACCCACGGCAUCCAGCAAGGGAUGCGCCGCGUGUCGGGGGCCGCCAGCGGCGCCCUCACCCAGGCCGUGGGGGCUCCGUCCGGCCGGGGCCGUGCCGACAGGAGGCCCUACAUGUGCAACUACCCGGGUUGCAGCAAGCGCUACUUCAAGCUGUCGCACCUGCAGAUGCACUGCCGCAAGCACACGGGGGAGAGGCCCUACCAGUGCGACUACAAGGACUGUGGCAGGCGAUUCUCUCGCUCCGAUCAGCUCAAGAGGCAUCAGCGAAGGCACACAGGGGUGAAACCAUUCCAGUGCAAAAUGUGCGAUCGCAAGUUUGCCCGGUCUGAUCACCUGAAGACCCACACGCGGACUCAUACAGGUAAACCAAGCGAGAAGCCCUUCGUCUGCCGCUGGCCAAACUGCCAGAAGAAGUUCGCCCGCUCCGACGAACUCGUGCGCCACCACAACAUGCACCAGCGCAACGUCACCAAGCUGCAGCUGCCCAUCUGAGAGGGCCCCGGGGAAAGCGGACAGACCGUUCCCUCGCAAUGUCCCCAAGCGAGAAACCCCGUGCGAGGUGCCCAGCGAGGAGGGGAAAUCUCCUUCACCACGGCUACCUGGAAGACGACGGAAGGUGCAAGGCGGAGCCCCCGUUGGGUCGGCCUGCACGCCACCUUUUUCGGAAGUUAGUUUUUGUGCGUUGGUGUCAAUGAAUUCGGAUGAGUUGGGGCAACGACCCCCCCUUGCCCCCACCCCCCACGGCAAAAUGAUUUGUCUCUCACGGCUGUGCUCCCCACUGGGGGGUUCAGGUGCAGCGGUGAAGGGAGACGGUGUCCUGUCCAACAGUAGAUAAAAUAUAUAUAAUGUUACAGCUCUUUGUCAGUCCACUGCUGGAUGAACACCUUCCUCACGCCGUGUCGGUCAUGGGAGUUGUGUGGCCAUACUUUGUGACGCUGGUCCGUGCUGUUUGGUGAAGAGGUGUCGGUGGAUUGGGGGGGGGGGGGUGGGGGUAGGGGUGGAGGGUUGGAGGCAGAACCGGUUCAAAUAUCACUCUCCACUGAUGGUAACUGUGGACAGGAAUCCAGCUCAAGUAAGCGGGGUUCACACCACAGUGCGCUGACCACUGCACCACCACUCCCCCCCCCCUCGCCCCCCACCACUGUUAGAUUUGGCCAUCACUCACAGAUGAUUGACUUUCAAAUAAAUUCUCUGGGAAUUUCCACUGGUCCCAUGAUGCCACUUUGUGGCUUGGUUCACCGUGCAGUGAGCACGUCUUUGCCUCUGUUGGGUCUCAUUCCAGGGCAUGAGUGUGAUCAACAGCUUCGCGUCUCUGCCGGAGCAUUGUAAAUAACAACACCUGCGCGUGCAUGAUUACCGCUCCUGUCGUGACAAUGGUUUUGUGUAGACGUCAUCUUCUCAAUGAAACCCCCUUCCGAGUUUGUUCGUCACGUUUUUGGAUCCGGGAAUCUGUGAAUUCUUCCUGUGGAAUCUCUGCAGUGUUGUUGUUUUUUUGCCGAGGUGGGCGGUUUCUGUGUUUAGGGCGAUAAACAUUUGCUCUGUUAACUGGAUUAGUAAACUUUCACACGUCAGCCGAAGCAGCAACCUCAGCAGUUAUGCAGCAUGUGCGUAAUCCUCCGUGUAUACAAUGUGCGUGUCGGAACCUUCUUUUUUGAGCAACGCAUAUUGAGUCGUUUUCUCUUUAAUGCGUCGUUCUGUAGUGGAAUGUCCGUUGGUGUCUUUUUGUCCUUUCCUUCAUAGGCAGUUCAUUGUCUUCUGUGUAGGACACACAACAGUGCCGUGUGUUUGGCAUAAAGCUAUGAUAACACUUCCUGUAAAUGAACAAAGGAGCGCCAAUGUGCGCUGUGGCUAUAACGGUCCGAGCGAGCGGCCGUUUGACCUUACAUCGUUUCUCCCGAUCUCUUGUGCUCGCUACAAAGUAGCGCGACCGUGCUCAGCAGAGGGCACUGCAAAAGGAAUAUGAAGCAAUGCGCUAUCGGGGCCGAUAGAAAUACUCGGAAGGUGGCCCUUCGCUUUGUAGAAAAAAUAUAUAUAUUUUUUGCACAUCGACAGCACUACACUUUUAAAUUAUCAGACACCGCGAGUUUCAUUUACCUGACGUGUUGUAACAACGAGAAGUUGUCGUGCGCUUGUUUGGCAUAGCAAGAGAAUGGUCACUUUCGUGGCUUUCCGUUGGCCCCGGUCACGAUGCACAUUAUAGCUGCCGAGAGAUAAAUUGUCCCUUAACGAAGUUAUUGGUAUGGCAAGCAUGACCCUAGAUUCCAAGCGAAAGUCCCACACCUGCAAAGCAUUACUAUUGGAAUGUCCAUCCCGGGCACAGUGGAAGGAUGAGUUGGAGGAAUGAGGUAUUUGUGCUAUGGGAAUUUAUGCUCAAUAUUACACAAUUGACGUCGCUGCUGUGUGUCCGUCAUUGAAUAGUCGUAUACGACGCACAUCAAUUGUACGCAUCGUAACAGAAAACGGGUCACGACGUGAAUGCGGUGUUUUGUUGCGAUGCAUUUGAUUGGUGCACGGGAACUGACACGGCCACGCAUGUGGAAUUUAUUGCCUGAGUCUGUCACCCACGCGCGGUUAGUGCUCACCAAUCGGCACGGUUCGAGAUGGCUUCGGUCGGUGUUAUUCCAGAGUGUGCAGCGGUACACAGGAGUGGCCGUGUGGGCCCAUGGGCCCGAGCACUGAGUCGGCAUCACUGAGAGCCGCCUGGGUGGGUUUGAAUCCUGGUAGCCACCCAUGAUUUGAAGCAGAUCCUCAAGUGUAAUGCGUUGAUGGUCGCAGCCUGGCAUCAUUGACUACAUUUGGUCGUGCACUUAAUUUGACAAAAUUAAUUAACAAUAUCAGUUUGACUUCCACACCAUGAACAUUUCUCUGUACGUGGGGAAAAAAAGUUCAGAAGUAGUGCUGUGAUAUCUACUUCUGCAGGCCAUUCUCAAUGACGGGGCGAUGCGCUGCUUUGCGAGAUUUUCCUAAUGGACACGUAGCCUCAUGACAAGGUGUCGUUGCACAACUGGAAUAAAAAGUAGUAGAAGUACAACAUAAACGUGAGUGUGUGGCAGAAAUGUUGCCACCUCUCAACCUGGCAGCUCCUCUCGACCAGGGCUUCUAGACUUCGCGACCUACCACGGGAACACCUUUCUUGUGUUUACCAAUCUUCGUGCAAGCACAAACCAGGGUCGAGUUGCACACCGUGUGCACCUCACGGUUUGCCGCAUCAGGAUACGUGGCCAGUUUCUGACUUCGUGUUCUAUAAACACGACGCGGUAAUAUUGCGAUAAAAUCACUGGAGACAAUUCUGGCUUUUUAGAAAACAGCUUUCAAUAGAGGCAGACUUUCUACAUUGUUUGCCUGUCCACAUGUUAAACGUUUUGUUGCUUUGUCUCAAUGAGCUCUGAUGUGUUUAUAAAGUCCACGCGUAGAUGCACCCAGCCGAUGCGAGCCCUUCUUAUGGACGGGGUGAGCGUUCAUCUAAGCCAUAACGCUGUAUAAAACGAAACUGCGUUGCAUGAGUGGCCUGAUGCCUCACGACGAUUCUCCCCACACCACUUUGAACCUCGUCAAUUUGGUCCAAUAACCCAGAUUACCACCCCCCCCGAAUAAAACUCGCAUUGAAACUGCGUACAAACGAUGGACACAAAACAGCAGCCACGUACUUUACAAUAAGUGGCACUGCAGUGCACGAAGAAGAGCCAGGCGAAUGUCCCGUGUGGCUCCCCCCCCCACCACCACCGUGUACAUCCAGCCCUGGGUCAGGCUGCAGAUCGAGUUGAACGCGCAACGCACGGGUCUUGCGCGUGACCCGUUCUGGUUAACGAUGCACCCAGCCAAGUGGUGAUGGCUGUGUUAUUGAUGUGGAGGUCGCACUUACAGAAGAACCUCCUGAUCCUUGGCCCGUUUAAAUCGUUUUCUGCCGUAAUGUACCGCAUUGGUGAGUGAUGAUGAUGAUGUUAUUAUUUUGAGAUGUCACAGUAUAUGCCGUGUGUAGAUUGCACGCAAUUCACGGGCUCGUCGCACUGGAUGGAAUUUUUACGUUGUGCCCGGAAUAUUUCUGCUCUUAACAAAUGGACGAAUUGUGAUUGCCGAAAUAAAAUCGCAAAUUGAGGGCAUCGUUAAUGGUACCAGGAUCCAUUACAUGCGUCGUUUAGGAAGAAAUGUUUUUCCAUAAAUGUCCACCUUUUGCUUGCUCACCCAUUCAUAUUUACCAGCGGCAAUCAGACUGGAACUUAUAUCUGUUGUGCACAUGUGCAGCCAUUUGUGUCGAUCCACUGCUGGAUGAGGGCUCCCCCACUCCGUGUAGGUCGUCGCGGGUUAUUUGACCAUACUUCACCACUCUGCUCAGUGCAUGUUGACAAAGGGUUGCAUCAUUAAUCCAGGUAAUGUCCCUGAACGAUAACGGUGCAUUGUUGCUAAAUACACCAUGACAAAAGAUGCUGAUGGAUUGUAUUUGUUAGUAUCAAUGCACUAUCAGGUUUUUUUUUGCCCAAAUAUUAUCCUCACAUUAAUCUUGUACCAUUCUAGCAUUGACAAAAUUAGAUAAUAAUAAUUAUUAUUAUUUCAGUUUGUAAUGCACCGGCACAGCCCAGAGGCAUGAGGGACCACGAAAAAAACGUGGAGGCAGCAGCAGCCACGGCGGUGAGCCAGCUCCAACAAUUGCCCAAGUUCUGAGAUCCUCUAUAUGUUGUGUGAUUGGCCAAUUAAAUGAGAUUGUGAUUAAAAUCUGAGCACUGCUUUAGUUGUAUUGUUCUCGAUGUAUUAAUGCGUUGAUAGAAUUCAUAGUAUUCAGCAGCAUUUGAAAACCGACAUUACAAUAUUAAUACGAUGAUUUACUGCAAAUGCACUACAAACACAAGGAGGAAAACUACAUGCGUUAAAAGUAUUGAUUUUUUUUAUUAAGCGUCAUCUUAAACAUUUUAGUUUCUCUUUU